AUGAUCCUCUUUAUCCACUUGUUAUUGUUAUGUUUUGUCAAAGGUACGAAUUACGAAAAUGGUUCUCCAAACGAACACAUCACCCCUGGUGCAAUCAGUUUACUCGAAGAAUUCAAAAUGAAUCAAAACACCUUUUUGGGUCAAAUCGUGAUGGCAACAAUGGAGAGCAAGAAUGACCGAAAAUUCAAACACAUUUUAGUCAAAUUGCAAAACAUUUUUAGUGUGGAUUCAAACUCAAGAGAUUUGUUAGACCAUUGUUUAAAAACACCACAAUGUUCAAUGGAAAAAAUCGGAAUUUGGUUACUUUCCACAACCAAACUUGAUUUAAAGCCUGUAUCUGAUGAUAUUAUCGACUUAUGUUCCAAAAUGAAUGUUUAUAUCAAAAAAAUCAGAGGCCAAAUGUUCACUUCAAAACACAAAAAGCGUGAUCAAGAAAUUGUUGUAAUGUCAGUUCUUUCAUAUUUGAAUAAAUACAACACUCUUUUUGGUAAUCUCAGAGUUCACAGAGGAUUUGAGGACUUUCUCCCCUUAAACAAAGCGAUGUUCUCCAUGAGUCUUUUAAUCGAAAAAAUAGCUAAAAACGCAAUUUUACCAAAACAAGGAUACGUAUUCAAAAAGGGUAAAAAGACCCCCAAACCACAAGAAGAGAGUGAUUUUGAAAGGUUGCACAAACAGUUUAAACCACAUUAA